GUAUUUUACUUUUCCUCUACUUGAAUUGUUGAUGGAACUUGGAAGUAAAUUUGUGAUUAAAACCAAUAAGAUUCAAAUUAAAGAAAGUCAUGGUCUUAAAUCAUUGUUAUACAUAAGAUAUUUCAAUUUUAAUAUUGUUAUGAAUAAGAUCUAAAUAGCAAUGUCAUUAGAACAAACAGCAUGUGAUGAUCUAAAGGCUUUUGAGAGAAGAUUAACAGAAGUAAUAGCUUGUUUGCAACCUGCUACUACGAGAUGGAGAAUUGUAUUAGCAGUGGUGUCAUUAUGCACAGCAAUAGCAGCUUGGCACUGGCUUACGGAUCCACUCACUCCUGUUGUGUCUCUCACACAGUCACUAUGGAACCAUCCCUUCUUUACAGUCACCUCAACUCUGUUAUUGCUACUCUUCAUAGUCGGAGUACACAGGAAGGUGAUUGCACCCAGCAUCAUCACAGCACGGACCCGAUCUGUUCUUAAUGAUUUCAAUAUGUCUUGUGAUGAAACUGGCAAACUAAUACUUAAACCUCGACCGGCUAACAUUCUAAGUUGUCAUUAUUAGUCAAGAAAUUGUGAUAAGGUUUAAAUAAAAUUAGUUUAAGUUAC